AUGGCGUCCUCCGUCUUCUUCAAGUUCAAAUCGCAAAAGGAACCGACGCGCGUUGAGUUCGAUGGCACCGGCAUCUCCGUUUUCGAGCUGAAGCGCGACAUCAUCUUGAAGAGUGGUCUAGGCGACGGUACCGAUUUCGACCUGGCCAUUUACUCCGAGGAUGGAAGUGAAGAAUACGAUGAUGAUACCACGAUUAUCCCCAGAUCGACCACAGUUGUCGCUCGUCGCCUCCCAGCCGCCAAACCUGGCGCAGGACGCGGCGCUCGAUAUGUCUCUGGCAAGAUGCCCGUCGCUGCCAAAAACUCGUCUCGCAAGGAGCAAACAACAAAGACGGCCACGGCCAAGGCAACAUCCAACGCCAUCAAUCAGAUGAAUAAUGCCAUGACCGAGGAAGAAAAGAUGGCAGCCAUGUUCCAGGCGCAGACCGAGUCGUGGUCGGCCCAACAAGAAGAGAUGUCACAUCAAACUCCAGUGUUCAAGCCAGGCUCCAAAAAGCCAGCUAACGUGCCUGACCAUGACCCGCCCAACGGUUACAUCUGCUACCGCUGUGGAGAGAAGGGCCACUGGAUCCAGCUAUGCCCAACGAACGAUGACCCAGAGUUUGAUAACCGUCCGCGUGUAAAGCGUACGACUGGUAUUCCGAGGUCCUUUUUGCGGACGGUUGACAAGUCGGUCGCCCUUGCCCAAAGCGGCGACGAUGAGACCAAGAGACCUUCAGGCAUUAUGGUCAACGCUGAGGGAGAAUUUGUGAUCGCCGAGCCUGACAAGGCAUCGUGGGAACAGUUCCAGGCCAAGGCCAAGUCUUCAGCCUCCGCUGCCAAGGCAAUUGCUAUGGGAGACAAGGAGCUGCAGGAAAAGGGACUCGAGUGCCCCAUCGACAAGAAGAUGUUCAUAGAACCAAUGAAGACCCCGUGCUGCCAGAAGACGUAUUGCAAUGAUUGCAUAACUAAUGCUCUCAUCGAAUCGGACUUCAUCUGCCCCAACUGCUCUACGGAAGGUGUUCUGAUCGACGACCUGAAGACUGAUGAGGAGACUACCGACAAGAUGAAGGAGUUCCUCAAGGAGAAGACGGAGACGAAAAGCCCGACCGCAGCGUCACCAGCGGCGCCGGCGGCCUCGUCCCCGAAGGACAAAGUAGAGGAGGCCAAAACAGAGACGGCGAACGGAACCUCAAAGUCGCCUACGCCCCAAAAGUCGCCCUCAGUCACCGCCGCCGCUCCCGUGGCCGCCUCAACGAAUGGCGGUACUCCAAAGUCAGCAGCGGCCACACCGGCAAACGCCCCGACCGGUCCCACCGAUCGUGCCUCCUCAGUCGAGUCAAACUCAAAGAAGCGUCCGGCUGAUGAGCUGAUGGAAAACCCGAAGAUUCCCAAGGCCCCGAAGGCCAUGCAAAAACAACAAGAACAGCAAGCAAUGAUGAACGGCAUGAACGGCAUGAACGGCAUGCCCAUGAACCCCAUGAUGGGCUUUGGGGGCAUGAACAUGAUGAACGGAUUUAUGGGAAUGCCCAACAUGCCAAAUAUGCCCAAUAUGGGUAACAUGGGCAACAUGAACAUGGGAAUGCCGAUGAUGGGCAUGAUGAACCCCAUGAUGGGCAUGCCCGGCUUCAACCCCAUGAACGGCGGCGGCUUCCCCGACAUGGGUAACAACAUGUACGGCAACUUCAACGCCAAUAUGAACAGCGGGAUGAACGGUAUGAACGGCGGUAUGAAUGGCGGAAUGAACGGCGGAAUGAACGGUGCAAUGAACGGCAUGAACGGCGGUGGCAUGGGCGGAUUCAACCAACAGCGUCACAAUUUUACGCAGCCGAGCAAUGACGAGGAUGCCUACUUCCGCAGACCUGUCAACCCUCAUCGCCACCAGAACCGUCAGAAGCGCGUACGGCCCAGUGACUACAGGGAGCUCUGA